AUGGCAACCACAAUCUGUUUCGUCAUCUGGGUAUUAUUCAUAACAGAUACUGUGUGGACUCGAAGUGUGAGACAGGUCUAUGACGUAGGUGAUCCAGAGGAUUGGGCUAUGCAUGACUUUGACUGUCCCAGGGAAUGUUUCUGUCCCCCUAGUUUCCCUACUGCUUUAUACUGUGAAAAUAGAGGUCUCAAAGAAAUCCCUCCUAUUCCUUCAAGGAUCUGGUAUCUUUAUCUUGAGAACAACCUGAUAGAAACCAUUCCUGAGAAGCCAUUCGAGAAUGCCACCCAGCUGAGAUGGAUAAAUCUAAACAAGAACAAAAUAACCAACUAUGGGAUUGAAAAAGGAGCCCUGAGCCAACUAAAGAAGCUGCUUUUCUUAUUUCUGGAAGAUAAUGAGCUAGAGGAGGUACCUUCCCCAUUGCCAAGAAGUUUAGAACAAUUACAGUUGGCUAGAAACAAGGUGUCCAGAAUCCCUCAAGGGACCUUCAGCAAUCUGGAGAACCUGACCCUUCUUGACUUGCAGCACAAUAAACUACUAGACAAUGCCUUUCAAAGAGACACCUUCAAGGGACUCAAGAACCUAAUGCAGCUAAACAUGGCCAAGAAUGCUCUAAGGAAUAUGCCACCGAGAUUACCAGCCAAUACAAUGCAACUGUUUUUGGACAACAAUUCUAUUGAAGGAAUACCAGAAAAUUAUUUUAAUGUGAUUCCUAAAGUGGCCUUCCUACGACUAAACCACAACAAAUUGUCAGACGCAGGUCUCCCUUCUAGUGGUUUUGAUGUAUCCUCAAUACUAGACCUUCAGCUAUCUCACAAUCAACUCACCAAGGUCCCUCGAAUCAGUGCUCACCUGCAGCACCUUCACCUUGACCAUAACAAAAUUAAAAAUGUGAACGUCUCUGUAAUAUGUCCUACCAUACUGCCUGGAGAACAAGAUUCCUUCGGUUAUGGACCUCACCUUCGCUACCUCCGUCUUGAUGGAAAUGAAAUCAAACCACCAAUCCCAAUGGAUUUAAUGACCUGCUUCAGGCUCCUUCAGGCUGUCAUUAUUUAA